CCGCUCUUCUCUCCCACUCGACCUCACUCCCACACUAUGGAUACAGUAAUCGACGAGCUUUUCUUCGAAGAAGACGAGGAAGAAUACGCCACCGUGUCUUCAGCCCCUCCUAAGCGCCGCGCUGGUCGAACCAAGUUCCGCGAGACCCGCCAUCCCGUUUACAAAGGCGUGCGCCUCCGCGGCGCCGGCAGAUGGGUUUGCGAGGUUCGCGAGCCCAAUAAAAAGUCCCGUAUCUGGCUCGGCACCUUCCCGACCCCGGAGAUGGCCGCUCGCGCGCACGACGUCGCCGCCCUCGCCCUCCGCGGCCGACAAGCCUGUCUCAACUUCGCCGACUCCGCCCGCCUCCUCCCUAUUCCUCCUGCUCCCGCAAGCCCGCGCUCCAUACAGCGCGCUGCCGCCAUGGCUGCCGAGGCCUUCCGCCCCAGGCCGGAUCACGAACAGCAGGAAGAAGCGCCCCCGUCGGACCAGACCCAUACGGAGCCCGAGAGCAGCACGGCCCAAGAUGAUGCCUUUUCCGAUGUGAUGGAUUUCGAUGGGUAUAAUUAUUAUGCGGAUAUGUUGUCCACGGACUCGAGUAUGUACUUCCCGACGGGGUUGACGGCGGCGGGUGGCGGUGUCUUCGGGUGGGACGACGGCGAAUGGCGUGGUGACAUGCCGUUGUGGAGUCACUCCAUUUGACGGUUAUAAUAAUGACGUGGCGUGGCUUGUCUCCGCUAGUAAAUUAGGUGAUGUAUCUUACUGAGCAGCACUUGUACUUGUUUUAUUAUCACCGCUACAGGUGCUUCAGCGUUUGUGUAAUAAACUAUGAACCAGUAGAUAUUUAUAUUUGUUUGAUUCAAGCCUUAGCC